AUAUCUCCAUUGUGCCUGCCUUAAAAAUAGCAAUAGCUAGAUAAUAAAAAAUUUAAAAAAAACCAAAAUAGCAGUAGCUUAUAUGGGAUGUGGGUGAUAAGAAGGAGAAGGAUGUGUGUGUGUGUGUGUGUGUGUGUAUUUGCCUGUGAACACUGAAUUAGGGAGUGACCAUGAAAAAGUAAUUUGGGAAAACCCCGCAGCCUCUCGCGAUCUGGAUUUUGUGAGUCAGGGAGUCAGCAAAAGAUUAAAAGAUACUUUCAAGCCAGGUCCCUGUAGGUAUAAGCACUCAUGAUAGAUAGGAUUUGCAUUCACCCUAUUGUGAACCACGUGGGUAGACGGGGACUGUUUCAGACGAUGUGUGAGGUUCACUUCAGGGCCCAUUGAAUAAUUUUGAAGAAGAGUUUUGACUCAAAAGAAAACUUGUCUUUGGGUCUGUCCUGCAAAUAUCAGUGGGUGUUUUGGGUCAAGGCUGUUUUUGUCUUUUUCCUUGAGAAAAUCGAAAGUUGAGGCAAAAAAAAAAAACAAAAAACCCAGCCCUAACGAUGGCAGAUGGAAACAAGAUGGAAUUGGGAUUGUGACCACACUAUGGAAACCGUAUAGAUGGAAGUGAUUACAUGGCUUCGUCCUCAUUCUACGAGUGCUGAUUGAGCACCUGGUGUGGGCAAGGGCCCUGUGCAAGGAUCUGAUAGAACAGGGAUGAGAUUUUACCUGGGCCUGGAAGUGCCUAUAAGGCUCUAGUAAAAAAUGCAGAGGGUGAAUAGGCAUCACAAUAGGAUGUGGUAAGUGUUUCAGAGAGGAUGUAUUUGGGGUUCUCUGGAAACUCACUGGACAGAUGCAGGCCCCAGGGAGAGUGUCUUAUAAGAUACAUUUGAGCUGAGACCUGCUGGAUGGGAGAGGGAUAAGAGAAGGUGAGGAAACUCCAUGUGAGAACACCCUGCCCCAUCAGAGCUUUGUCCUCAAAUUACCCAAUGUAAGGUGGAUGAGCAAUAAAGACUAGGAGUGAGCAGAAGAAUUGUAAGACAUAACACCGGGAAAAUGGCAGCGAUCAAUGACACAGGCCUUGCAAGUCGGUAAGACAUUUGGAUACUCUCUUGAGGACAGUGAGGCACUGAAGGGAGUGACGAGAGUCAGGCAGGUGUUUGAGAAGGCUACCUCUGGCUACCUUUGGCCCACGACAAGGCUCAGUAAACACUUGUGUCAUGAGAGGCAGUAUUGCACUUUCUUCUCCCUUGCUUUCGGACAUGCAGUGGUCCAGCAGAAGAGACCAGUCCUGCACCUGUGAGGCGUCAUUAACUGUGCAGGGUAGGGCAGCCCCAUGAGUGCCUUCUCACCUGUCAAAUGUGGUCCUUCCUUCCUAGUCUUUCUGUGAAUUUUACACACUGAAGCCUCAGCCACAAUCCUUCAUGGUGGUUUAACCAGGAGGGAACCUCCAUAACCUAAUAAAUCAAAGGAAUCAAUAAAACUAACUUUGCCAUGGCCUGGUGCAGCUAAAAAAGCUAGUGUUUCUAAGAGACAAAAGCUGCUAAACAUGCAGGAUUUGUUCUCAGGAAACACCGACUUGUGUACUUUUGUGUCGGAGAAUGGGAGGCAAAGAAAAAAAAAGACAGUAUCUAGAAAGUAAGACCGAAACAUACUUAGAUAUGGGCAGAGAUAAGAAAGCUUCUUGACUUAAAGAGACAGCUGAAUCUAACGUGCUUUGAUUGGCAGAGAAAGAAAACGGGGAAGAAAAGGCAAAGAAACAAACUGAUUUCCGCGGGGAGUGUAGUUUCUAUUUAGAGUUAGAACAAAGGAGAAGUGCGUCCUUUCAAAUUGUAGAUUCUUUGGGGAAAAGAGGGACAGAACUUUAUCUGAGUUUGAAAUGAGUCUGGGUAGCUGCAAUGGUAAAGUUGCUUCCAGAAACAGGUAAACCUGACUUCAAAAAACCCCGCUUCAUGAAAUAUUAGUGCUUCACUUCAGUUGCUAUCUGAAGAAGUGCUGGUAGAGAGAAGAGCUCGGGGGCACAGGCAGAGUCAGCUCCCUGCAGCUCCUGCAGUGCUAAUUAAGGGAGGGAGCAACCGGGAGCUUGCAGUGACCAAGAGGGGGUUGAGGCUAAGAGGCCGCGAUAAACAGGAUGAUAAACAGGAUACGAUAAAAGCCCUUAACCAAGACACAGAUGGGAAGAAGCGUUAGAGCGAGCAGCACUCACAUCUCAAGAAAAAGAAGACACGACUGAUAACAUCUGAGAGGAAGGAAACUGCAUUGUGCUGGGAUCUGCAUGUCACAUUAUAAAAAGCAAUUUUUUUUUUAAAUCGACCAGCCUUUUAAACAGUUUCCGGAGAUGGAUUAUCCUACUUUACUUUUGGCUCUUCUUCAUGUAUACAGAGCUCUGUGUGAAGAGGUGCUUUGGCAUACGUCAGUUCCCUUUGCUGAGAAUAUGUCUCUAGAAUGUGUGUAUCCAUCAGUGGGCAUCUUAACACAGGUGGAGUGGUUCAAGAUCGGGACUGAGAAGGAUUCCAUAGCCAUUUUCAGCCCUACUCAUGGCAUGGUCAUAAGGAAGCCCUAUGCUGAGAGGGUUUACUUUUUGAAUUCAACGAUGGCUUCCAACAACGUGACUCUUUUCUUUCGGAAUGCCUCUGAAGAUGAUGUUGGCUACUAUUCCUGCUCUCUUUACACUUACCCACAGGGAACUUGGCAGAAGGUGAUACAGGUGGUACAGUCAGAUGGUUUUGAGGCAGCUGUGCCACCAAAUAGCCACAUUGUCUCGGAACCUGGAAAAAAUAUCACACUCACCUGUCAGCCUCAGAUGACGUGGCCUGUGCAGGAAGUGAGGUGGGAAAAGAUCCAGCCCCGUCAGAUCGACCUCUUAACUUACUGCGACUUGGUCCACGGCAGAAAUUUCACCUCCAAGUUCCCACGACAAAUAGUGAGCAACUGCAGCCACGGAAGCUGGAGCUUCAUCGUCGUCCCCGACGUCACGGCCUCAGACUCGGGGCUUUACCGCUGCCACUUGCAGGCCAGUGCAGGAGAAAACGAAACCUUCGUGAUGAGAUUGACCGUAGCCGAGGGUCAAACCGAUAACCAAUAUACCCGCUUUGUGACUGGAGGGACAGUUUUAUUGUUGUUAUUUGUUAUCUCAAUUACCACCAUCAUUGUCAUUUUCCUUAACAGAAGGAGAAGGAGAGAAAGAAGCGAUCUAUAUACAGAGUCCUGGGAUACACAGAAGGCACCCAAGAACUAUAGAAGUCCCAUCUCUGCCAAUCAACCUACCAAUCAAUCCAUGGAUGAUACAAGAGAGGAUAUUUAUGUCAACUAUCCAACCUUCUCUCGUAGACCAAAGACUAGAGUUUAAGCUUAUUCUUGACAUGAGUGCAUUAAUAAUGACUCUUAUGUACUCAUGCAUGGAUUGUUAUGCAAUUAUUUUCCACUACCCAUGGUCUACCUUAGAUACUAGUUGUCUCAAUUGAGUUCAUUUGGUAGGAAACAUACUUCAUUACCUAAAAAACAUUUUUCAUGGAACUGUUUCAGAAAACCUGACUCUAACUUGUUUAUAUACAAAAAAACCCUUACUGAAUCACGUAACAGAAUGAUCCAGGGGAGAUUAAGCUUUGGGCAAGGACUAUUUGCCAGGGCUUAAAUGUGUCUAGAAUUAAGUAUGGGCAUAAACUGGCUUCUGAAUCCCUUUCCACAGUGUUGGAUCCAUUUCCCUGGUCUUGGCCUCACUCUCAUGCAGGUUUUCCUCUUGUGUUGGCAAGAUGGCUGCCAACUCUUGGCAAUUCAUACAUCCUUGUUUCUGUCUGGUAGAGAGUUUGCUUCUCUAAUAGAACCAACACAUUUGGUUACUUUUUCAUUGUUAAAUAGGCAUCAUGAUCAGAAAGGAUGGAAUGGCUUAAGAAAACUAAGGGCUCACUUCUAGAGCUGAGAGCAGGGUCAAAGCACAAUACUAGGCAAUUCAGAGCAUGGUUAGAAGCGGGAACGGGAGUUUCAAAGCUGGGGUGUUUACCAACAAAUAUUGACUGCAGUGACUAACCAAGACAUUCUUGGUUAACUAAAAAGUGAAAUAUGGGAUGGAUUCUAGAAAUGGGGUAUCUCUCUCCAUACUUCUAGAAUCCACGCUAUCAGCAUAGUCCAGAAGAGUACCUGGCAAUAGAAGAAAUGAAUAAUCAAGAGGAAGAUAAAUAUGAGAGGACAAUCCCUUGCUAUUCACAUAUAUAUUUAUCUCUCAUUCUGUAUAGAAUUCUUGCCACCAUCCCAGGUCUAGCCUUAGGAGCAAAUAUAGUAGAUAGUCCAAUAAUAAAUACCUUAAUGUUUUGGACAUUUUUUUUUUCCCUACUUUUGAGAAUUAUUUUUAAUAUGUAAAUUCUCUCAAAAGGGUCAGGCACCUAGUUAUUAUUUUUUAAUGAUUAUGUGAAACUUGAAUAUAAUAUACCACUAAAAGUGACAGCUGGAAGUGGUGGCAUAGGAUGGUAGGGUAGAAAUUUGAGAGGGAAAAAAGAAACUGGGAGGGUACAGGCAACAGGAGAAAGGAAUCAAACCACAGAAAAAUACAAAGGGAAACUACUGCUUCACGAUUUGGACAAAGACAGCGCUAAUGACUUCACCAACAUUCAAAGCAAUUAGAGGCCAUACCUGAUAUUGUUUGACUUCUAGAUGUAGGCAAACAGUGAAAAGCAUUUGCCAAACUGAAUAAAACUGUCAUGGUUACCUUGAAAGGACAAUGGUCAUUAUUAAAUAUAGUGAUCAUUCAUGUCUAAAAGAUUCGUUAUUUGUCUCUAAAGAUUUCUAAAGACCACCAUCUAGAGAAGAUUCAUUAUGAAGACUGUAUUUAAAUAUCAAAGUUGUGGACUUCAUGAUAAUCUUAAAUGAAGCAAAUCCAAAUUCUCCUGUUGCUUAGACAGAUUCUAAGAUGUAAUUUACACUUUUAAGCUAAUUAGUAUUUUAUGAUUUUUAGCCUUAAACACCAUGUAUGCCAAAUAGUGCAAUUAUUUUGUGAAUUUCAGAAAUGGUAAGUGCUCACAUUUCUGUGAAUUAUAAAAUUUGUGAGGUUUUUUAAAACCCUUUUCAGGAGUGAAAAAAUUAAAAUGACCAUUUCCUAGUUGUACUUAAGUAAAUGCAAGAAGAGUAAACUCUCAUUUUUCUUAUGUUUGCAUAAAUAUCUUUUCAUACCUGGAUUCAUGAAAUAUUUCCACAAAUAUAUUAGUGUAACAAACUUGAGAGGUAGUUUACAAGAAAACCCUCUACUAUCAGAUCAGUCAGAGAUUCCAUGAGAGAAUUUGUUGGUUUGCAUGGUGAAGCAAGCUUAGCAUCAAUUAAAAGGUAAAUAAUUGCUUUUCUGAAUGGUGAAGACAAUCACAAUAUUACUUUGUGGAAAACUCCAAUAACCAAAUUCUCAAUGAUUACUGUAUGUGAUCAGGAAAACAUUUUUACAAUUGUAGUAUGGGGAAAUAUAAAUCCAAUUUUAAGAGAAAACAAUGACUGGGUGUGGCAGGGAGAGUACAGUCAGAUACCAUUGUCAUGGUGGUUUUUACUGGGAACUUCAUGGAAGAUGUUUGUAGCAAGCCACUGAAGUGUUGCAAAGCCUCCAGAACAUUUGGAACUUGUCUCUUUUGCCUUGCAUAUUUUCGUGUUUUUGGUCUCUCAUUCAAAAUAUUGAUGAGAACUAUUUACUCUGUCAUUUCUUCUCUAUAUAUUCUUCCUCUACAGAGUGCAGGAUUUUUUUCAGGAAUUUGGAGCCAUCCUAAGUUCUCCCAAAAAUUUUCUGACCUCCUCUGAUGCUCCUGUUAUACCCUCAGGGUUAAUGCUUGUGAAAUUCCAUUCAUUUUCUUUCCCUGGACAUCUUUACUUACCAAAGCACUUUCAUUGUAAUCUUUUUAACAUCAUCCCUAAUUCGUGAUAGUUUUGGAACUCUCCCUAGUAUAUGUUUCUCUGCCUCUACUGUUUUGCACCUAUGAUUCUGAUUGUUACUAAGAAAUCAGAUCAAAACAGAUCCACAGAAUAAAAGAUCAGAAUUCCAGUAAAUUAUGUUAUAAAUACAGAUAUUUUUUACAAGUUGCUGCUUUGGAAGCAAAAUGCUUCUUAACUUUUAUAUAUGUAUACACAUGUAUAUAAUUUAUAUUGAUGGAUAAUACAACGUUAAAUAAGAAUCUGUGCUUUCUUCAAAUGCCAUUAACAUUUACAUUAAAGUAACCAAUUAAAGGAAAUUACUUUGUGAUAAUAAGGUAGGUAGAUUUGUUAAAUGUCAUUGUGGAGUACACCGUUUUGUCAGGGAAAGAACAGAUCUUAUUGAACUAUGAUGACUAUGAAUUGACUGUAUUAUUAUAAGAUACCUUCAAACUUUAUUUUAAAAACUUUAUGUAGAAUAUGUUGCGAAAAUAAAAUAGAAAUUUCAUUUACCCCUGAUCAUGCUUAAAAUGGGAGGCAGGUAGCUGAUAUAACUUUUAAUUAGUAAAAACUCAAAUUUAUGUUUUAAUUUAGUUUAUUACUGAAGUACUAUAUAUAUAAACUUAAAAUACAUGGGUUAUUAAUUUAAAAGACAAAGUAAAUAAAAAUACUUUUAGUAGGCAUUCUUUUAUUGUGAGCAUCCAAGUUAUAUUGGUUUAUAUAGAAUGGCAUUAAGUAAAAAUUACAGUUGUAUGACAGUAAUUUUCUAAACUGGGGGAGUCCACGUUGUAAUUAGAGAUCACUGUGACCAAAUUGCUUCUCCUUGAUUUAUAAUGAUACACUGUAUUUUGUACUGCUUAUAUGAAGUUUCAGCAAGAUUGACGAUAUUAUAAAGAUGCUUAUAAAGUGCAAGUGGAGAUGCUAAAUUGUGAGUACAAAGAGGUUUCUUUUCACAACAGUGAUAAGAAAAUAUCUUUAAAAAAAUAUAAGACAACAUAAACAUGCCACCAUUAGUUUAGCUACUAUUAAAAUGUAACAUUUAGAAAGCAUUGACCUUUGCAUUCAGACUUCUGUAUAAGUUAGUGUAUUUUUUCACUGAUCUGUCCCUUAGAAUUCUUCCAGCCAAGACUCUGGGCUCUUAAAACAUUUAUCUGAAAACUAAAAACAAGUAAAACAAGUUUAUUUUUUAAAAAAGCUUCUCUAUUUCUAGUGAUUCAACAGGUAGAAAAACAGCUUCUAGAAUUAACUGCAAUGCUUUCUAAGGAAAUUUUAUAAAUCCUCAAGGUCGGUUUACAUAUAUUUUUCCAGAUUCAAAGCACUAACUAUGCUGUAAGAUGUUGUAAGAAAAGUUCUAUUUGGAAGUAUGGGUGAUAAAUGUCUGGGAUAAUUCUGGUUUAUUUCCUAUUAUCCUUGUUAGAAUAAGUUAUAUGGUGAACCUGUCUAGAACACUUUUUCCAGUGUUAGUGUGUACCUUUGAAUUUUUGGUUCUUGUAAUGUAUAGAAAUAUUUUCCUAGAUGUACUGUAUUCUGUUGUUUUGAAUGAAUAAAACACAGUGUUUCACGAUCA